AUGCGAGAAAAGCAGUCAGUGGCAGCCGGCGCUCGCGCUACUGAGCAAGAUGCGGGAGGCGAAGCUGGAGCCCGACGUCACCACUACAGCGCUGGGAUCAGCGCGUGCGAGAAGGCCGAUCAGUGGCAGCCGGCGCUGGCGUUGUUGAUCGAGAUGUGGGAGGCGAAGUUGGAGCCCGACGUCAUCAGCUACAACGCUGGGAUCAGCGCGUGCGAGAGGGGCGAGCAGUGGCAGCGGGCGCUUGCGCUGCUGAGCGAGAUGCGUGCGGCGAAGCUGGAGCCCAACGUCAUAAGCUACAGCGCUGGGAUCAGUGCGUGCGAGAAGGGCGAGCAGUGGCAGUGGGCGCUGGCGUUGUUGCGCGAGAUGCGGGAGGCGAAGCUGGACCCCAACGAUUUCAGCUACAACGCUGGGAUCAGCGCGUGCGAGCAGGGCGAGCAGUGGCAGCGGGCUCUUGCGCUGCUGAGCGAGAUGCGUGCGGCGAAGCUGGAGCCCGACGUCAUCAGCUACAGCGCUGGGAUCGGCGCGUGCGAGAAGGGCGAGCAGUGGCAGCUGGCGCUUGUUUUUUUGAGCGAGAUGUGCGGGAGGCGAAGCUGGAACCCGACGUCAUCUUCAGCUACAGCGUUGGGACCAGCGCGUGCGAGAAGGGCGAGCAGUGGCAGCGGGCGCUGA